AUGUACCCAUCCAACAUCAACAUCAACAACAUUACUAUCACCAUUGUAGUAAAGAGUAUCCUACACCCAGUGUAUUCUCUGUCUCUUGAUAAUGAUGAUCUUGUCAUGAUGAUAAGAGCAUUUGAACCAGGUUAUAAAUACAAAGAAGAUCAAGCAAUGAAAGGGGAGGAGGAAGAAGAAGAAGUGGCUCCAACGACAACUGUCACUACUAGCGGCACAAACAACAAGGCAGAUGUAAUAAAUGUUGAUGAAUUGGAAAGUGAUAAAGAUGAAGAUGAUGACGAUGAUGAAGAAGAUGAAGAAGAGGAAGAAGAUGAAGAAGAAGAUAGUGAUGAAUUCUUUAAUUCAUGUGAAAAUUAUGAUGAUCAGUUUGAAUAUAACUGUCAAUUGGAGAAAUUGGAAGAAAUCAUCAAUACUUCAUCAGCAGGUGCAUCCUCAAAAGGUGACUAUUAUUGUUCUGGAUUGUCACAAGAAAUGUCACUACCGAGAGUCAAGAUUGAAGGAAUGGAGGGUAUAUUGGCAUACCCCAUUCAACCUGUUCAAGUCAGACAAUUGGUUGAAAAGGCUACUAGAGCACCCUAUGGAAAGGGUACUGAGACUAUAAUAGAUUUGGCGGUUCGAACAGCAGAACUGUACAAAAUGUUGGUCUAUGAAACUGGUGGUUUCUUCUUACCACAUCGUGACUCUGAAAAGACCGAUGGUAUGUUUGGUACACUUGUCAUAUCACUGCCAUGCGAACAUAGAGGUGGAGAGUUGGAGAAUGACACCAUGACACAGAUCAAACACGUUGCAUUCUAUGCAGACUGUAGACACGAGGUUAAACCAGUCGUCAGUGGUAACAGAGUAUGUUUGGUGUACAAUUUAAUGAGAGGUGGUAGAAAUAGAAAUGAGGAUGGAUCACUCAUCCACUCUUAUAUCCGUCGCUCUCAAGUCACUAAAAUGGCAACCACCCUUCGUCAAAUCGCUCCAGGGUAUACAUCCGACGUUCCACGUCUUGUCUAUGCACUUGAUCAUGUCUAUUCACUUGCAUCAUUUUCACUUGCAUCACUCAAAGGUAAAGAUGAAGAAAUUGCCAAUCUUUUCAUCAAAUCUGCCAAAGAUGCAAAUGUACUUAUAACACUUGGUUUUAUUCAUAUUCAAGAAACUGGAGCAUAUUCUGAAAGUUAUUAUGGUGGCGGUGGUGAAUAUGAUGAUGGAGAAUUUUCAUACAGUCUAACCAAUCUUAGAGCCAUUGAAUUAUUUCCAAAUGGUGCUUUGGAUGGAGCUGAACCAUUUAAAGACGAAGCAGAAGAAGCAACUGGAAAUGAAGGUGGAUCAUAUGAAAGACUUUAUCAUAGAUCAGCAAUUGUUAUUUGGGAUUUAAGAGGAAGAAGUAAAUUCUAUUUAAAGACAUUGGAACAAGUGGGAGAAAUGUACAAAGAAUCGAUUGCAAAUGAUAAUAGUCAAGCCAACAAAAUGAAGGAGUUGACCGAUAUCUUGGGUAAUUGGAGUGCGUGGAACACAAAAAAACAAAAGAGUGGGCUGCCCGAUCUACUCGCCAAUCUAGUCGAAGGUAUUAUUGAAAUACCAGUGACAGAAGAAUCCAAACCAAUGUUUAGAUUAUUCAUCAAGGCAUUAAAGAUGACAUUUGACUCGGCCAUCUUUAAAAAACCACUCUUUACUUUUGUUGCCAAUUGUCAAGACUUGGUAUUCUUGACAGAGUUGCUCAAGGAUUGGUUCUCAUUGAAUCAUCCUGCAUUCAACAUGUUAUUUAUCGAUCAUUUGUGUGCAACUAAACCACAACUUGGAGACGAGUUGUCACGAUUGAUGGAUGUUUUGGUCAAGAAUAUACCUAUUCAAUGCAGUGCGUGCCAAUCCCGAAAACACUAUUUCUACUCCUCUACCACUUGCACGCAUGUGACUGAUAUGUUGACCCCUUUUAAACCAUUGUUUGGUAUUAUUAGAAAGUAUGACGUGUUGAAAUCACAACAACCGCAGACGAUACUAUACGUGCAACAAAAGCUGCAGGACAUGGCUCUAAAAAUUGGUUCCGGCUGUACCAUGGAAGUAUUCAAGCUUUGGGUAGAGGGAUCGCCACUCGUCAAUGAAGGCACGGUCAAGGCACUGGUAAAGCUGUGGGUAACUGGAUUCUCUCAGACACCAGUCACCUUGGAAAGAUUGACAAUGAUCUAUCAACUGUAUCAAGCUGCUGGCAACAGGCCCAGCAAAACAGGUGUGCUUGUCAGUGCGAAUGAGGUCACUUUGGCCAUCACCAAAGCACUUCCUAGUUGGAUCAGCAGCCAAGCACCUGUAUACUGCACUCCCACAGGCUACUCUUACAGCUACAAAGCACCUGCUGAACCAUCAGCUCAACAAAAAACAGCAUUCAUCACAUUUAUAGUAUCGGUUCUAGAUCAUCUACAAAAGAUUGACACGACUCAAACCAUGUGCCAACAUGUCAUUAAUAUUGCAUGUGCCGAUGAAACUGUCCAAAGAGUUCAUCGUAAUUUCCCAACUAAUCUAUUAAACCAACUUCGCACAACUGCACCACAAGUCAUGACAAUACCAACCAUUGCCGAUGUGAUUAUCAAUAAGGGUCUGUUGGCUAUUCAAAACGUUAUUACAAAGUUGCCUGUAUUGCCACAACCCCAAAGCUACAACUUUUCAAUGUUUGCCAUUCCACAGCCAUGUUGUGCCAACUGCAUCAAAUUCAAUACCUUUCUUGCUUCUGGUACAGAGACAUUGUUUUCACUCAAAGGAACCAAAGUCAUUCGAGAGCACAUUGAAAGAUAUGCAACUGCCAAGUCAUACCUCGUUGCCAAAACAGAAGGUACUAGAGCACCUUAUACUCUUACAGUUACCAAAUCCCUUCCUCUUGUCGAAACAGAACGACAACGUCAAGCUGCCUUUCGUAAAGAUAGAGAUGAUUUAUUAAAUUUUCAAAAAUCCCUCCUUACAAAAAAAUAA